CACACUAGGCAAGGCGGACUCUAGGAGACAGGAUAUAUGACAAAUACUGAUCCUGCUGUACAAUGCUUGGCCAGAGGGCAGUACAUGAAAAUCACCCCAUGCAACCAAGAUGUAAGGACUAAGGCAUGUGGCAUUGCUGUAAGAUGAUGACAUAGGUUCUGUAACCAGCAUGCAGCAAUAUGUAACAUAUGCACUGAGAAACAUUCUGCAACAAUUUGUGAACAGACAUUGCUCCUCCAGAAACAAACUGUAAUCUCUGGUCGAACUCUAGACAGGUGAUAUCCAUCUGUAUUGAUCAGAUGUAACCAGAAGAAGUUUAAAGAUCUCAUCUAUAGCCCCAAGCUGAUAAUGAAUUGCUUUCUGUACCCUGGGUACAGGGUUUGAUUCCUUCAUUUACCUACAGUGUCAAUCUCAGCAAGUCACUUAACCAGACAGUACGCCUGGGUCAACUCUGAAAGGGGACAAUUGUGUGAUGGCGGGUUGCAAAGACACAGAAGUGUUCACAGUGUGAAAGUAAUCUUUGAACUUACCAGGAAGUACUUCAUUAGAAUGCCACAAUGGAAGAAAGCAAGCACUGGCUUUGCAGAUGUUGCUUAAACUCCUAGGACAUCUCUGUGAAUAAAGUGCACUCAGACGGUAUUUGAUAAUUUCAAGGCACGAUUUCAACUCCUAAGCCAUGUCACUAAACAUGAUGUUUUGAAUCAGAAGUUCAAAAUGACCUGCAACUGCACAAAUAUGACCAACCUGCAGUCAGAUAAAUACACCUUGACUGCAUUUUACUCUUUCACCUUCAUCACUGGACUACCCGCCAAUUGCUUGGCAUUAUGGGGCCUCAUCCAGCUGAGAAAAUCAAAACAAAACCUCCCUGUAUUCCUGUUUAAUCUUGUCGUCUCUGACCUGCUGCAGAUAAUGAUACUGCCAUUUUGGAUUCACUAUGUGAUUAAGGGCCAUGACUGGACUUUUGGAAAAGAAUUCUGUGUGGUCAGUGGUUACAUUUUCUAUGUCAAUCUAUAUACUAGCAUUGGUUUUUUAUGUGCCAUCUCCAUUGACAGGUACCUAGCAAUUGUUCACCCUUUUAGGUUUCAAGAUCUUCACACUCCCAAAUCUGCCAUUUUAGUCAGUGUAGCUGUUUGGACUUUCAUGAUUGUGUUUUGCUGGGCAGGUCUUGGAAGUUCACUUUAUAAUGAACCACUUUGUUUUGAGAAAUACCCUGUAACAGAAAGAUAUGCAGCUUUUAAAAUUGUGACCAUUGUAAUAGGCUUUAUCUUUCCAUGCUUGAUCCUUGGAUUUACAUUUCUAAAAAUACGAAACAGCAUUCGAAAGUCACCCUCACUUAGUAAUAAGGAAAAAUUACGUCUCACUUGUUUAUUUUUUAUCAUUUUAGUGAUUUUCAUAGGCAUUUUUGGGCCCUACCACAUUUUGGGCAGCUAUAAAUUCACUGCUUAUUUUGUAUUUCAAGAUUGUAAUGCCAAAUGUAACCAUGAAAAUAACUUGUUCUUGAGUUACAGAAUAUGUUAUGGACUUACCAGCCUGAACAAUAUACUUGACCCUCUUAUUUAUAUAUUUAUAUGUGAUGAUGUGCAGAAGCAAUUCCAGGAAUGUUUUUCUUUUAUUCCAAAGUCUAGAGAUGUGUUAGAAUCAACAAAUUCUAUACAUAUGGGAAACUCAAGCAAUAUUAACAGUGGCCAUCAUGUUACAUUCCAGAUGACAGCAGAAAAGUGAUGAACCUUAUGAUGUGUGAUUUAGAUAUACCACAAAUACUGGUGUAUUAAGUGACAUCAAACAUGAAGUAAUUGUAGUGCCUUCAUUAAUAUGCCGGAACCCUACUUAACUAUACUGCCUUUUCUGAAAUAGUUUUUGUAAAGGAUCACAAAGAAAAGGAAUUUCACAGCUGAGAUUCUGCAAGUAAUGCAAAUCGUGUAUAUUUAGUUAUGACUUCUCUCGAUUUUCUCAGGCCUCUACUUUCCCCUUUCAUCUUAUGGAAGGAACCAGCUAUUCAGUCGUUGAUUAACUUUCCAUUUGACUACUUACUGUAUGAAAUGUUCUCUUAACUGGUGAAUCCAAAACAUUCAGGAAUUUUAUAUACACAGUCUAUCAUUAUAAUUCUUCAUUAUGAAGCUGGAUGGGUGUUUGCUGGCCUGAAGAAGAGAGGACCAAGUGAAGAAUGGAUUAAAAUUAAUAUAUCCAUCUUAUGCUUAAUGCAAAUCAAAAUUAGUUGACUGUAUGCACUUGUUGUCAAUGCUUACAAUAAAAUGCAGUUGCUUAAUUUCAUUAAACUCAUUCAUGUCAGUUUGCAGUGCCAAUUGAAGGACAUUUGAAUAACACUGUCUUUGCCUUAUGAAAUCAGGAGUGACCAUGUCCACUAAUGGUGAUGCAAAGUGUUGUGUGACUAACAUGCAUAGCUGAUGAGGUAAUUGUAAUAGGUGCAGUGGCAGUGUCGGAACAGGACAAGAGGAAGAAAUGAUAUAGGUAUCUGAAUUGAGAGGCCCAGCAGGUGAUAUAUAAUA